AUGGCCAGGAGCUGCUCGGAAUGCAAGGAGAAGAGGGCGGCACACAUACUCUGCACCUACUGCAACCGCUGGUUGUGCAGCUCCUGCACUGAGGAACACCGGCAUGGCCCUGCCCCAGGGGGCCCGCUCUUUCCCCGGGCCCAGAAGGGAUCUUCAGGAGUGAAUGGUGGUUCUGGGGACUUCGCUUUGUACUGCCCUCUACACACACAGGAAGUGCUCAAGCUGUUCUGCGAGACCUGUGAUGUGCUUACAUGCCAUAGCUGCCUCAUGGUGGAACACAAGGAACACAGGUGCAGACAUCUUGAAGAAGUUUUGCAAAACCAGAGGAUGCUUCUGGAAAGUGUGACUACACAAGUGGCACAUAAGAAAUCCAGUCUACAGACAUCUGCAAAGCAGAUUGAGGACAGGAUUUUCGAAGUGAAACAUCAGCACAGGAAGGUGGAAAACCAGAUCAAAAUGGCCAAAAUGGUGCUGAUGAAUGAGCUGAACAAACAGGCCAAUGGACUCAUAGAGGAGUUGGAGGGCAUUACUAAUGAGAGGAAGCGGAAGCUGGAGCAGCAGCUACAGAGCAUCAUGGUUCUCAACCGUCAGUUUGAGCAUGUGCAGAAUUUCAUCAAUUGGGCUGUCUGCAGCAAAACCAGUGUCCCUUUCCUUUUCAGCAAAGAGCUGAUUGUGUUUCAGAUGCAGCGAUUGCUGGAGACAAGUUGUAAUACAGAUCCUGGUUCCCCUUGGAGUAUCAGAUUCACCUGGGAACCUAACUUCUGGACCAAGCAGCUGGCUUCCCUUGGCUGCAUCACUACUGAAGGCGGACAACUGUCCCGGGCAGAUACUCCAGCUUACGGAGGCUUACAGGGGCCAUCAUCCUUUUAUCAAAGCCACCAGUCCCCAGUGGCUCAGCAAGAGGCCCUUAGCCACCCCUCACACAAGUUCCAGCCCCCAGCACUGUGUUCCUCAUCUGUGUGCUGCUCCCACUGCUCCCCAGUCUCACCCUCCCUCAAAGGUCAGGCCCCUCCACCCAGCAUACACCCAGCCCACAGCUUUAGGCAGCCCUCUGAGAUGGUGCCUCAGCAGCUGGGGCCACUGCAAUGCUCUACCCUGCUGCCUAGGGAGAAAGAGCUGGCCUGCAGUCCUCAUCCACCAAAGCUGAUGCAGCCCUGGCUGGAAACUCAGCCCCCUGUGGAGCAGGAGAGCACAUCCCAGAGGCUGGGGCAGCAGCUGACUUCCCAGCCUGUAUGCAUUGUACCCCCGCAGGAUGUUCAGCAAGGAGUCCAGGCACAGCCCACCUUACAGACACCCUCUAUCCAAGUCCAGUUUGGCCACCACCAGAAGCUAAAGCUUAGCCACUUUCAGCAGCAGCCACAACAGCAGCUGCCACCUCCACCACCUCCACCACCUCCACCCCAGCAGCAGCCACCCCCACCUCCAUCCCAGCAUCUGGCUCCUAGUCAGCAUGAGAACCCUCCUGGGCCUGCCUGUUCCCAGAACGUGGACAUAAUGCACCACAAGUUUGAGCUGGAGGAAAUGCAGAAGGACCUGGAGCUUCUCCUUCAGGCUCAACAGCCUAGCCUGCAACUAAGUCAGACCAAAUCUCCUCAGCAUCUUCAGCAAACUAUUGUGGGGCAGAUCAACUACAUCGUGAGGCAGCCAGCACCUGUCCAGUCCCAAAGCCAGGAGGACACCCUACAGGCUACAGAUGAACCUCCAGCAUCUGAGGGCCCAAAGCCAUCUCUCCCUCUUGACAAGAAUACUACUGCUGCCUUGACCCAGGCAUCUGGGGAAGAAACCCCUCCCAGUGUCCCCCCACUGGACAGCACCAUCCAGCACUCCUCUCCAACUGUGGUGAGAAAGCACUCCACCUCGGUGAGCAUUAUGGGCUUUUCUAAUACUCUGGAGAUGGAGGUGUCAUCUCCCAGGCUGACAAGGACCCUUGACCCCCAGAUCCAGAGCGUAAGCAGCCUGACAGCUGGCCCUCCCCAGGCAGUACCAAGUCUUCUGAGUGGGUCCCUGACAAGUGGUCAGAGCCAGCCCAUAUCUAGCCUGACAACUAACCACCUACAGACCGUGCCCAGCCUGGUGCGUAGCACCCAUCAAUCCAUGCCUAAUCUGAUGAGUGAACCCCCUCAGGCAACCAAAAGCCUGGCAAGUGAUCACUCUCAGGCCAGGCCCAGCCUAAUGUCUGGUCACACCCAGGCUGUGCCUAGCCUGGCAUCUUGCCCUCUACAGAACAUGCCUCCAACUUCUGACACGCAGCCAGAAACUGGAUCCAGCUCCAGCUCUGGCUCCUGCCGAGCUGUGCCGCUGGUCCCCACGGAUGAGGCAGACCGCUCCCGGGGAAAUGCCCUGUGUAAGGUAAAACUUGAGGAACCAAUUAACCUGUCAGUGAAAAGACCUCCAUUGGCCCCACCAGUCAACACAUCCAUGGCUCUGCAGCAGUACCGGAACCCAAAAGAGUAUGAGAAUUUUGAACAAGGAACCCUAGAGCUGGAUACAAAUGAGAACCAGAGCAUCAGAGCCUUAAACAGUGAGCCCAAGAUUCCCUAUGUGCGACUGGAGCGACUCAAGAUUUGUGCCGCCUCCUCGGGAGAGAUGCCUGUAUUCAAGCUGAAACCACAGAAGAAUGAUCAGGAUGGGAGCUUCCUGCUGAUCAUUGAGUGUGGCACUGAGUCCUCCAGCAUGUCUAUUAAGGUCAGCCAGGACAACCUGCCUGAUGCCAUCCAAGCCCCAAGUCUCGGGGGAAGAAAGGUCACCGUCACUUCUCUGGCUGGGCAGAGGCCACCGGAUGUGGAGAGUGCAGCUUCUGAGGAACACAGACUCAUUCCUCGAAACCCUGUAGCCAAGAAGGGCCCCCCAGCACCCAUAGAGAAUGAAGACUUCUGUGCUGUGUGCCUCAAUGGGGGAGAGUUGCUGUGCUGUGAUCGCUGCCCGAAAGUGUACCACCUCUCCUGCCAUGUGCCUGCCUUGCUCAGCUUUCCAGGGGGGGAGUGGGUAUGUACCUUAUGCCGCAGCCUGACCCAGCCUGAGAUGGAAUACGACUGUGAGAAUGCCCGCUACAACCAGCCUGGAGUGAGGGCACCUCCUGGACUGAGCAUGUAUGACCAGAAGAAGUGUGAGAAGCUGGUGCUGUCCCUGUGCUGCAAUAGCCUCAGCCUGCCCUUCCAUGAACCCGUCAGCCCCCUGGCCCGGCAUUAUUACCAGAUUAUCAAGAGGCCCAUGGAUCUGUCAAUCAUCCGAAGGAAGCUGCAAAAGAAGGACCCAGCUCAUUACACCACCCCAGAGGAGGUGGUGUCAGAUGUGCGCCUCAUGUUCUGGAACUGUGCUAAGUUCAAUUACCCUGACUCAGAGGUUGCAGAGGCUGGCCGCUGCCUGGAAGUGUUCUUUGAGGGCUGGUUGAAGGAGAUCUACCCAGAUAAACGGUUUGCCCAGCCAAGGCAGGAGGACUCAGACUCUGAGGAGGUGUCUAGUGAGAGUGGAUGUUCCACUCCCCAGGGCUUCCCAUGGCCACACUACAUACAAGAGGGCAUCCAGCCCAAAAGGCGGCGGCGUCAUAUGGAGAAUGAGAGAACAAAAAGGAUGUCAUUCCGCCUAACCAACAGCAUCUCUCAGGUGUGA